CUCACGCUGCCACUACAACCGACUGACCGCGCUGGGUUGGCUAGCAAGCGAGGAAGAGACAGAAAUGGCGGUGACGGCAAGGCGAGCAGCAUGAAGAGCUGAUGCAUUACAUGGAUCAAAACCUACGACUGCCAGGACACGGUUGGGAAAAUGACAAUGACGUCGAAGUAGGACACCCUCUGUAACGGUCACUACAAACCUACAACACCUUCCCGGGAGACUUUUCAUCUUGUCAGCGGAGGAGAGAAAAUCUCACCGGGAGCAUGGCUUCUUACAGCAACCAGUACAUCUUCGGGGAGUUCAGCCCUGAUGAGAUCAAUCAGUUCUUCGUGACUCCACGAUGUUAUGUCGAGCUUCCUCCGUUCAAUGACAAAGUCCCAUGCGUCAGUCAGUCUUCUGGAAGUUACUGCACUCCUGCUGUACCUUAUAUUAUGGAGUCUAUGGGACUGCAGGUUUGCGCAGAAGACUAUCAGCGCAUUGAGUUUGGUGUUGACGAGGUGAUGGACUCCAAGCCUGUCGGGGGGAACGAUCCUUUAUUCAAGGUGUCGAGCACCCUCAACCCACAGGCUCCAGAGUUCAUCCUGGGGUGCCAGUCAGCCCAGAAGACUCAGCAGACGCCUCCUCCAGCAGAUGAUGUCACUGAUGGAGCAGACUACAACUCUCUGGAUGGCCCUGACUCGGAGGCCUCGGCCCUGGACAAUCAGGCCUGCCAGGACAUUGACGGACUGCCUGGCAGCCUGGGACAGCGAGAAAAGAAGAAAAAGAAAAAGCGACCGCCGGGGUAUUACAGCUACCUGGACCCGUCGGCUGGCGGCAGCGGCAACAGCAGCUGUGCAGCCGACGGGACGCCUGUGGCAGCUUUAGUUAACGGACAUGCAAUCGGUGGCCCACACCACAGUGCUGAAGAUGUGGACGGUAAGGUGUUGUUGGGGGCUGAACUUUCCACCCCUGCACCGGUUUCCAUGGCGACAUCAGCAGCUGCUGUGGCAGCAGCCAAGUUUGCCUCCACUGCCAAUCAGAGGACUUGUGAUAGCCCUGAUGACUCUUCUUUGGACUUAACAAUUGGAGCUGCCUCUUUAUCAGAUGGCAACAAUGCAAAUUCCUUCUCUUCAUCCUCCUCUCAGAGCAGGGGGGUGUCAGAGGGGCCGAGGACUGCAGAUCAGCAGCCAGAUUUUUUGGCUCCACAAAGCCCUGAACUUUCAGAUACCCCAAACAGCCCCCGCUCCAAAUCCCCUCUUACUCCUUCAGCUGCUGUGGCCACCCCCUCUGUUGCCACAUCUAUUACGACUACUGAACUGGAGGAAAGGGAGCUGGCGGACAGUGGGGUGGCCAAUGGGUUGACGGAGGCUGAUGCUCCCGUCAGUGCAGACGAACACAAAGAAGACUGUGAGGGGGGGGAGCCGGCUCAGCCGCCCUCCCCAGACUCUGCUGCCCAGACAGUAGUGACAGAGCAGGCCCAAUCGCCGGCCAUUCCAGCUGCACCUACUGCCAAUCUCCCCAAAUCUUGGGCUAGCCUCUUCAAAAACUCCAAGCCUCUGCCUGGGGGCCCGCAGGCCUUUGUGGAGGUAAAGAAUGUUGUGGAAGUUGUGUCUCCCUCCCUCGCCACGCCAGAGGAGCCUGAGAAAGUUGGGGAGGUGAAAGUCGGCCCUGUCCACGUUUCAGAGGAUCCUAUGGCCCCUAAACUUGCAGAACUUAUUGAGAAUGUGAAGUUGAUACAUAAACCAGUGUCUUUGCAGCCGAGAGGACUGAUCAACAGGGGAAACUGGUGCUAUAUCAACGCUACCCUACAAGCCCUGAUUGCAUGCCCUCCCAUGUAUCACCUGAUGAAGUCCAUUCCUCUGCAUAACGAAACGCAGAGACCAUGUACUUCCACGCCCAUGAUGGACAACUUUGUCAGGCUGGUGAAUGAGUUCAACAACAUGCCUGUGCCAUCUAAAGCCAAACAGCAAGCUGUUGGUGAAAAAGUCAUGAAAGACGUUCGGCCUGGUGCACCCUUUGAACCGACCUACAUUUACAGACUGCUCACUCUCAUCAAGUCGAGUCUCUCUGAGAAGGGUCGACAGGAAGAUGCGGAAGAGUAUCUUGGCUUCACUCUCAAUGGACUGCAUGAGGAGAUGCUGGCUUUGAAGAAACUAAUCUCGCCUCAGGAAGAGGAAGCUCCCACACCCAACGGGCCGGAGUCUCAGCCAGGUGUGGAGGAGGACGCUGCUGAUAAGGAGGAAGAAGGCAGUGAGGACGAGUGGGAGCAAGUCGGCCCCAGAAACAAGACUUCCAUCACCCGCCAAGCUGACUUUGUCCGCACACCCAUCACCGACAUAUUUGGUGGACACAUCAGAUCUGUGGUGUAUCAACAAAACUCUAAAGAGUCGGCCACUCUGCAGCCUUUCUUCACCCUGCAGCUCGACAUCCAGUCAGAGAAGAUCCGCACCGUGCAGGAGGCUCUAGAAACCUUGGUGGCCCGAGAGUCAGUCCAGGGAUACACUUCUAAAACCAAGCAGGAGAUUGAGAUCAGUCGGAGGGUGACUCUGGAAGAACUGCCCCCGGUGCUGGUGCUCCAUCUCAAGAGAUUUGUUUUUGAGAAGACUGGAGGCUGCCAGAAACUGACCAAGAACAUUGAUUACCCCGUUGACCUGGAAAUCAGCAAAGAUCUCUUGUCCUCUGGAGUGCGCGGCAAAGUUGUGAAAGGCCAAAGAACGUACAGGCUCUUUGCAGUUGUCUAUCACCAUGGGAACAGUGCGACAGGCGGCCAUUACACCACGGAUGUCUUCCACAUUGGUCUUAACGGCUGGCUGCGCAUCGACGACCAGGCAGUGAAGGUCAUCAAUCAGUACCAGGUGGUGAAGCAGACUGCAGAGCGCACCGCCUACCUGCUGUACUACCGCCGCGUGGACCUGCUGUAGACACACACUUACACACCCCAACACACGCGCAAGAACACCCGAAUAUACUCACAAAUGCACACAGAACAUACAUGCUCCAAAUGCACUCAUUGACAGGACAGUACAUUUACACGUGACACAAACACACAUGAAACUAAUGAACAGGAACACUGCCCAACUUGUUCUCUUGCAAGAUUUUCCUCUUCUUCCCCCCUGUCCCCUUUCCUGAGAACCAGCUUUUCCUACACCUUUUUCCUUGUCUUUCUGGAGGAAGAGAAACAAGCUGCAUUCACAAAGAUUUCCCUGUGACUGCUCUCUCUUCUCUGUGCACCACUGCUGUUUGUUUUUUUUGUUUUGUCCUUUUUUUGUUUUUACUUUUAAAGCAGCAAAGAAAGGACUGUUUAAUAGACAGAGGUGGGGUUGGGGUGACAUGUAACGACCUGAAACUCUCCUCUGACUGAGCCCACAGCUCGGCUCAGUGAGCAAACAGUGGACUCACAAGCAAGAAGAACUUUGUACCACAGGCUGCAAGUGGACCGCUGGGUAAUAUCUCCUGUUUAGGAAUGACCUGUUCUAAGGAAAUGACCCUGAAAUAUCAGUGUUCGCCCUUAAGGAGAAUUGUUGGCCUGGUGAAUUUGCAGGAGUUUAAAAGCCUGUUUGAAUUGGCCCUCAUGAAUUUAAAGGCCCAGCACCAGCAUUAUCAUGAGUCUCUCCUCUCAAGGCCAGAUUGUCUUCUUUGCCACCAACACAAACAACUCUGCCAUUUCCUCACUUUUAUGAUGCUUUCAAAUCAAGGUACAACUUGAGCCAUCAUCAACAGGAGAAAAUAGAUGGAUGGUACCUCGAGCUGAACAGCUUCCUUGUUUGAGAGAUCCUUGGUAUGGUAUUUGGGUUUAGAUGUAGAAAGAAAAUAUUAAUGCGCUUGAGAAUUUAAUAACAAAUACGCUUCUGUGCACAAAGUAUAAACUGAUUGAGGAUUAUGGUAUGACAGGCAAAUGAAUAUUUUGCAAAUAUUUAGAUUAAAAUGUUAAAAAGAAAACAAUUAAAAUUAUGAAAUCUGACUGAAAACUGGUUUGGGUCCUAAAGGACUGCGCUAGUUUUAAGACUUGGUUAUUGCACUGGAGAAAAAUGGCAACCAACACAACAGAUUCCACUGCAAGACCCGCCCAUGUUUACUUUGUACAUUUCCUUCUCUAUCCAUUCUUUUUUUGUCUUUACGUGUCUAAAGGUUCCACCUGUGUAUCGGUGGCUUAUCAGUGUAGUUUUGAGCCACACCACCCCUCUUACCCCCAACUCAGCAGAAAGCGGGGGCUGCCUUAGGUUCAUUGUAUGACGUUUUUCCACUCGGUGUACAAGUCUAACCCUAAUCAGGCGCCAACCGCAAGUCUAAUGUCUGUGACGAGUUAGGGGAAUGUACCUGACAUCUAUGUAUUUACUCUUUUGUGGCUCAGCAUUUCCUCCUAGUCGAGGGAACCUGAGUGUCGAGGGAUGUGGGACUACAUCUGCGCUAAGCCCUGCAAAAAGAAACCCGGACAUGUGCACAAAAGGAGAUAGUGUUUGCUUUUGUUAAAGAUUUUUAUUUUCUUUUCUUUCAUUUCUUUUUUUUUGGGAUCAUUCAUUGAUUUGUGACGAUUUCUGUUUGAGUUACUAAAAUGUUAGUUUUUAUUUUGUCAUUGAUUGGAUGUCCCGAUGCUCUCGCUCCCUUCAGAAAAAAUAUGCUUGCAUUUGAAUUGGUGUUUGAAAAUUACACAGGCUAAAGCACAAUAAUGAAUAAAAUUUAACUAGUUCUUUGCUUGA